AAUGGAAGGUAGUUUGGUUAUGUUUGGCAGACACGAACUUCUGUCAACAUAGCAAAGAAAUGGGUUUGUUUGGCAAAUCUCAGGACAAGAACCCGAAAGAAAUGGUACAAGAAUGGACACAUAAGUUAAGGAAAGAAGGCUAUCAAUUGGAUAGACAGGUUAGAGCAAUUCAACGAGAAGAAGAUAAAAUAAAACGUUCUUUAAAAGAAGCAGCAAAGAAAGGUGACAAAGAUGUCUGUAAAAUUUUAGCAAAGGAAAUAAUACGUGCACGUAAAACCUGUAACAAGCUUUAUACAUCAAAAGCGCAUAUGAACUCUGUUUCGUUACAAAUGAAAAAUCAAUUAGCAACAAUUAGAGUUGCUGGUUCAGUAUCAAAAUCUACAGAAGUGAUGCAAGCAAUGCAGUCAUUAGUAAGAGUACCAGAAGUAGCAGCAACAAUGAGGGAAUUAUCAAAAGAAAUGAUGAAAGCUGGAAUUAUUGAAGAAAUGUUAGAUGAAACUAUGGAAUCUGUGGAAGAUUCUGAAGAAGUGGAAGAUGAAGCAGAUGAAGAAAUAGACAAAAUCUUAUGGGAAGUAACUGCAGGUCAAUUGGGUACAGCACCUGCAGUUGUUACAGAAACACCAGGAUCUAUUGUAGCGUCUACUUCUGCAGAGGAAGAAAAUGAAGAAGUAGAUGAUAAGGAACUUGAAGAAAUGAAAAUAAGACUACAAAGUCUUCGUAGCUAGGUGUAAUAUAUAAAUAAUUCAUUUGCAUUGACUUUAAAAACAGCUUGCACUUAUUGAACAUAUACAUAAAUAAGGUACAAAUACAGUGAAAAGAAUGCCUAGUAUAUUUCAAUGUUUCCUAAUAAUAUGUGAUCAAUGCUUUUAAAUC